AUGGUGUGUCCCCGAACGUACUAUAAAACACAGUAUCGUGGCACUGAAGUCCCUGAAACCAUCACUCUCACAGAUUGCUGCGAGGGAUACGAACAGGUUGGGCUCUACUGCUCCCUAGCACUCAACAGAUCCAGUGUAUUUGCCUCAAGACCUGGUAUUUGUCCAAUGGAGAAUACGGAAACCCCUGAUUACCCUUGCACGUUCGACGCUGAGUGUCCAGGGCUCAAAAAAUGCUGCAACUCCUCCAAAGGCGCAGGCUGUGUGGACCCGGUGCCAGAGGGAAGAACAUUCUGGUACAACGUGACAGUGCUUGUGAAGAUGGAUUUCGAUGAGCUAAUCAGAGUGGAUUCCCACCUUCUGAAUCAUUCCCGCCUUUUGCACUCCGUGAUGACUGGUGCGUUGCAGCCCUUGAAUGCCUCUGUGCACCUCAUCCAGAACAAUCCUGCAGGGGUAUAUGCAGGGACAGUGGCCUCCCAGCUCCUCCUUGGGCUGCACCAGCCAGCCCUGCUGGCUGAGGUCUCUUCUUCCCUGGAUGAUGUGGUGAAACGGGUGUUUGAAGUGAUUGACACACAGGUGCAAGAUGUCGAUGAAUGUUUCUACGCUGAACUCAACGGUUGUCCUGACAAAAGCACCUGUGUAAACCUGGAGGGUGAUGACAGCUGUGACCCUCAUGCCCAUGCCAUCCCUCAGCAGCUGAGCAGGAGGAAGGAAGGCAUUGCAGCAUCUACUCCAAGUUCAGCAGCAGAUGCCUUUAAUACCAGCAACAGCUCUCCUUCUAUAAUGAAUUCAAGUCUCUUGUCCAUAACUAACCAAUCUACAGAUGCUGGGUGCUAUUCCUCUGCAGUGACAAACCACCGAAUCUUCAGCGUUACCAGCAACAGUUUUGAGAUGUCCUGGCACGUCACUUCUCCUCUGAACCGCAUUUUCCAAGUCCAAGUGUUCAAGGGCAAUGAGACUGUCCAAGACCUGGAGACAGAGGAAAUGAAAAUGGAUGUGUCUCAGCUGGAAGCAGGUGUGAUGUAUUCAGUCGAGGUCAGCUAUGAAACCUGUGGAAAAACCAUCAUCUCCCGUCAAAGUGUUAAAACAGAGGCCCAGAUAUUUGAUGUCACUAUGAGGAUUCUCAACUACAACUUCACUGAUGAUUUCCCUAAUUCCAGCAGCUCAGCAUAUGAAGAAUUUUCAAGGCUGUUGCUUACAGAGCUUGAAAAUUCAUUUCCGCCCGACGUUUCUGCUUUGUGCAAAUCUGGGAAGCUGAAAGUGCAGAUUGAAUCCCUGAAGGCUGGAAGUGUCAUUGUCAGGCUCAGAAUAGCUAUGCAGGAUCCCGAGUUUCCAGUCGAUGCCUCCACAUUUGCCCCAGUGCUUUCCUACCUGCACAGCAGUUCCACGAUUUUGGUGGAUCAGCAAAACACUGCACAAGGAGUAACACGAGAUACGUACGCGAACCACAACUCCCACAAGCAGAUUUUACAACCCGUCGGCCGGAAAACGCCGACUUACCGCAGCCUUUUGCGGCGGUUUUACGACUACGUUGCCGAGCUUUGCCGUGUUACAGCGGAUGCCGGUUUGGCGCAGACUCUGUCGCGACCACAACCAAUUCACGCUGAGCUGCGCUGUUUACGGCAAACUCUGCGCCGCUUUCGCUCGCGUCUUAAUGGCUAG